AUUUCACCAAUACCUGCGGAAUCCGCUACCUUAAAGACGAAUACUAUAUUAACAACAUAAACUAUAUUUUGUCUUCUCACACAUUCCCACACCCUUAAUUUCUUCGUGCAAACCACUCCCCUAUUAUCACUCACGAGCGGUUGCUUUAUGAGCCGCACGUCCUUCAGCGCGCGUGGGUACUCCCUUCGUUUAAUGCGCUUUACAGAAACUUAGCCCUAGACCACUUCCUUCUCUAUAUCGACCAUGAACAACCACCGUCUACGACUCCGAUCACCUACUUCGAUCCCUUUUUAUAUAUCUUCCAAUCGGCUGAAUUGCCACUGAAUUUUUAUUGAAUUCCAAUCUGCCUGAUUCGCGAUUUUCUCCUCCUAAGGGUUAAAAUGGAACCUAUGGACAUCGUUGGUAAAUCAAAGGAAGAUGCUUCACUUCCCAAAGCAACUAUGACAAAGAUUAUUAAAGAAAUGUUGCCGCCAGAUGUUCGUGUUGCCCGAGAUGCUCAGGAUCUUUUGAUUGAAUGUUGCGUAGAGUUCAUUAAUCUUAUCUCAUCAGAAUCAAAUGAAGUUUGUAAUAGAGAAGACAAACGAACAAUUGCACCAGAACAUGUACUCAAGGCUUUAGAGGUUCUUGGUUUUGGGGAAUAUAUUGAAGAAGUAUAUGCUGCAUAUGAACAACACAAGCUAGAGACCAUGGACACUGUGAGAUCUGGGAAAUGUAAUAAUGUAGCUGAAAUGACUGAAGAAGAAGCAUUAGCUGAGCAACAGAGGAUGUUCGCUGAGGCACGUGCAAGGAUGAAUGGCAGUGUUACAGGCCCUCCCAAGCAGCAAGAUUCAGAAGCUGAGCAGCAGAGGAUGUUUGCUGAGGCACGUGCAAGGAUGAAUGGCGAUGUUACGGGCCCCACCAAGCAGCAAGAUUCAGAAACUGAGCAGCAGAGGAUGUUUGCAGAGGCACAUGCAAGGAUGAAUGGCGAUGUUACAGGCCUCCCCAAGCAGCAAGAUUCAGAAGCUGAGCAGCAGAGGAUGUUUGCUGAGGCACGUGCAAGGAUGAAUGGCGAUGUUACAGGCCUCCCCAAGCAGCAAGAUUCAGAAGCUGAGCAACGGCAGAUGUUUGCUGAGGCGCAUGCAAUGAUGAAUGGUGGUGUUACAGGCCCCCCCAAGGAGCAAGAUUCAGAAGCAAAGCAAAACUUUAAUAGCUAACUUCACUUUUUGUUGUUCUGUAGGAAAAUCAUCUUUAGUCUUAGUAGUGGGAUCUUUUUUCUAUUAUGUGGAAAAAGCUCCUGGCGCAUGUGUCGACUGUGAGGGCUCUAGUUCAGUUUGUACUCCAUGCAUUAUGUUCAUAUAUUAUGUAAAUUAGUAGGAAUUUGCUUCA